AUGACACCCUUCCUUCACAGGCUGGGCGUGGUGGUGGCCGUCGUAAGCAACGAACGCCUGAGCAGCGCCGUGUCGGAAGCGAGAGCGAGUGUGCAAAAUAACAUCCAAGAUCUCGAUACCUUCUUGAGGAACACCAAGAUGCAGCUCCGGUUCCUCGUCAGCAACUCCUUAGAACAAACAGUCGACGCGAUCUACAGUGACCUUGACGUGACAUACUAUCUUUUCCCAGACGUGGAGUACCUGCUGGGGAGGCCUCUCCAGAGGGAGUUAGCGGCCGAGGCACAGAUCGAGGUGGCCCUGGACUCCCUCCUGCAUAUAAGCAGCAGUUUACGCAGCAUCGCCGGUCGCAUGCGGUCGCUGGAAGAAGCAAGGUCGCAGGCGGCGGCUCGGGCAGAGGAGCUGAGAGGCCGCCUUGUUGAGCUAUCGGGAGAUAUACAGAGGUUUGUUGCUCGUUGCACGCCCGAAGAUGCGGAUUUGUGCAACUCCCUAGACUAUCGAGGACUUGAUCUGGACGCUCGUUUCGAUAGUUUCUCCUUCUCGGAGCAGCUGCGUCUCCUCUCGGCUGUGGAGAGCCAUAACCUGACGGAGACGGCGAGGCACGCGAGGUACGAGUUCGAGAACAUUCCGAAUUAUGUAGAGUCGAUGACGCGCCGCACGCGGGACGACGUGAAGCGCGCAGUCCGGACCUUCCGCGCCCAUGUGUACUCUCGCGUGCGGGGUCUUGACGACGUGGCCUUCGACCUGGAAGUGCGCACACGAGACAUCACCUGGCGGGUCGACGAGGCAGCGGCCAUGUUGCAGAAGCACGAGACCUACAGGUGGUACACAGGCCUUGCCAUCUCCGUGAGCCUGGCCUUCGUGUGGACUCUGCUGAUGGUGGGGCUGUGCUGCGGGUGCUGCUCCCACGCCUCCGACCAGGCGCCCACUGAGAGGUCCUGUGUGUCCAACUCGGCCGGCCAGACCCUGCUCACGUAA